AUGAUGGAGGAUGGCAAGAUCGACGGGCUCCAGGAGGACGAGAUCUUCCUGGAAGAGGACGUCCAGAUGGUGAUCAAGGAGGUGCUCCACAGCGUGCUGGGGGACAAUGUCUUUACUAUCUCGAAAGUCGACACCUGGGCGAACAACAUCGUCGAGGGCUGCCUCAAGAAGCUCACCUCGCUCAAUAAACCGUACAAGUACAUCGUGUGCUGCAACAUCGGCCAGAAGUGCGGCGCGGGCAUCCACGUCUCGAACGCGUCGCUGAUGAACCCACGCACCGACGGGCGCGUCGUGGUGUCGUACGAAGACAACCCCACCAUCCAGGCCGUCGUGUGCGUCUACUGCCUAGCCAUCUAG